AUGACAUACACUAAAGAGCCGAUCCCAGUGCUUGGCUGUGUCACUUUGGAUGUGCUGUGCCAUGACAAAUCUGCAAAAUGCAACUUCUACGUCGUCCCAGUCGGGGUACCAAUCCUGGGAAUGGAUCUGCUUACAGCCCUGCAGUUGGACAUUACAAAGCACAGCAUCCAGAGCCCUACACCACCCUCAGCACAAGUGCAACAUACACACACUACAUCCACUGACAACAAAGGAGUGACCAACUUCAUCCACAAAGUCAAACUGCGGCCUGAGAUACCUCCAGUUCAACAAAAGCUGCGCCGCCUACCAUUCUCCAUCCGUGACGACGUCACUGCUGAGCUGGUGCGGAUGGAAAAGGAGGGCAUCAUCGAGCGCAUCGAUUCGUCUCCGUGGGUGUCUCCAAUCCUGGCCAUUAAGAAAAAGAGUGGACAGCUGAGGCUCUGCACUGAUCUACGAGAGGUCAACAAAGCAGUGGUGAUCGACAGCCAUCCCUUACCUCACAUCGAAGAAGUGUUCCAUGAGUUGAGGGGUGCACAGAUGUUUUCAACUAUCGACUUACAAAGUGCCUACCAUCAGCUGCCCUUACAUGCUGAUAGCAGAGAUCUCACAGCCUUCAUCACACACGAGGGUCUGUUUCGCUACCUCAAAGUGCCAUACGGUUUGGCGUCAGCUCCGAGCGCCUUCCAAAGAAUGAUGUCACACGUCCUGGCUGGUGUCAAAGGUGUCCAAUGCUACCUUGAUGACAUCAUCAUCAGUGGUGAGACUCCUGAGGUGCACGAGCAGCGCCUCAAAACAGUGCUACAGCGCUUACACGACACUGGCCUCAAGCUCAACAUGUCCAAGUGCCGGUUCCGGAAGACAGAGCUACCGUUCCUGGGCCACAUCAUAUCUGCUGCUGGCCUCCGACCUGACCUGGACCACAUCAAAGCUGUCGGUGAUGCUCCUUCUCCUCACGAUGCUCCUGCGCUCCGCUCCUUCCUGGGCCUGACCUCCUUCUACUCCAAAUUCAUUCCAAACUACUCAGUGGUAGUGGAACCACUGAGAGCCCUGCUGAGAAAAGACUGUAAGUACGCAUGGACUACAGAUGCACAACAUGCUUUCACUCAGGUCAAAACACUGAUAGUCACUAGCCCUGCUCUUGCAUUGUACGAUCCAGCACUGCCUACCAUAGUGACAACUGAUGCCUGUGAUUAUGGCAUUGGUGCAGUGCUUACACAGUUACACGGUGACACUGAGAAAACGGUUGCCUUUGCCUCUCGCACACUGACAGACAGUGAGAGAAAAUACUCCACAAUUGAAAAAGAAGGACUGGCCUGCGUGUGGGCGACAGAGCGCUGGCGAACGUACCUGUGGGGUAACCACUUUACUCUCUGCACUGAUCACAGCCCCCUUACAACACUGCUCACCACAAAGGGCCUUGGUAGAGCAGGUAUGAGAAUCGCCAGGUGGUCUGCCAGACUACUUAAUUUCAACUACACCAUCAAGUACAAGCGAGGCUGCGACAACGUGAUUGCUGACUGCCUCUCACGCCUGCCGCUGCCGCAUGCUGACAUGGACGUGGAACCAGACACUGAGGUCGUGGCGUUGGUGUCUGACGACUUUGCUGCCAUUACUGCUGCUGAACUGACUGCUGCCUGCAAAGACUGUCCAGUACUGCAACAGGUGAGACACUACAUGCAACAUGGUUGGCCACGUACACACAAAGGCCUUGAUCCAGCCAUCCAACCAUACUUCAAAUUACAGACUGAGCUCUCUGCACAUGGUGACUGCAUCAUCCGUGGUAGCCAUCGUGUGGUGGUCCCAUCAGAGCUCCAGCCUAAACUCAUACAGAUCGCACACGACACUCACCAAGGAAUCGUGCGUACAAAACAGAGACUCAGAGCACUGUGCUGGUGGCCUGGAAUGGACGCUAGUGUUCAGGCUGCCAUCAAGUCAUGUGUCACGUGCGCACAGCAUGACAAGACAGCUGUUGUCAAAGCUGCUCCUCUGACUCCUGUGAGCCUACCCGAUGGCGCUUGGGAGAAGCUCGCCAUCGACAUCGUUGGUCCUUACCUCAAUGCACCACCUGACUGCCGCUACGCCAUAACCAUGGUAGAUUACCACAGCAAAUGGCCAGAGGUUGCGUUCGCCUCUGAAGUGACCUCCGCCUCCAUCAUCAAAUUCCUGUCCAUCGUCUUCAGCCGUGAGGGUAACCCGCUGGAGCUGGUGACCGACAACGGUUCAGUGUUUGUCUCUGCUGAAUUCGAAUCCUUCCUCGCCAGCCGAGACAUCAAACACCUCCGCAGUUCAGUCUACUACCCACAAUGCAACGGAGAAGUUGAGAGAUGGAACAGAGUACUCAAAGACUGUCUUCAAACUGCAGACAUUGAGGGCAGACCAUGGAAGCAGUUUGUCACUGACUUUCUUUUCUCCUACCGUGCUACACCACACUCACUCACACAAGUGUCACCUGCUGAACUCCUGCAUGGCCGCCCUCUGAACACAAAGCUGAACAUCAGAGGCCUGCCUACAACUCCCAAAACACACGACCAUGCCGCACUCAGAGACACUGUUCAUGCAAAACAGGUCAAAGCGAAGGAAUACACAGAUCGACGCCGCUGUGCACAGGCUUCAACCUUCAAGGUUGGUGACUUUGUGCGCAUCAAAAAGCCUGUGCUGGUCAGAAAAGGUGCUCGCAAGUUCACAGCACCCAUUCAGAUCACUGCUCAGAAAGGUCCUGCAACCUUUCUCCUCUCGGAUGGCAAAGUGUGGAAUGCCAGCCACCUUGCCUUUGCUCCUCCAGACACUGUGCCUGUGACUUUGACUCCACAGCAGCCUGACGAGGCACUUCCUGCUGCUGUGCCUUUUCGGAGACAUGUCCGUCCUCCGGAGUGGCAUAAGGAUUAUGUCACAUAA